CCUCCCACAGGGGCGAUGCGUCAUACAGGUGCUGGCGGGAACACUUUGUUCUCGUGAGAGUGUUUAAUGGUCCGUAUCCAACCUACGUUGUGCACGUGUGUUCCCCCCAAUAAUAGAUCGAUUACUUUGGAGGUUAGAAGAAGAGGGAACGGUGGCGACUGCGCGUUUACGGGAAAGGGUACUAUUUUAUUUGAGCCGACAAAAAUGGGUGCAACCGGAAGUAGAGGAGGCGGAUGACGUAAGUCUUAUAUUACACCGGCGGGCAGCAUCAUUCGGUUAGCUGUAGGCACAACUAACUAACACCACCUACACGUGUAUGGAGGACGGAGGGCUGGAAGCAGGUUUUUGUCCCCGGCUGACGCGUUUUGGAUCAUUUCGGCAGUAAAGUGUGGUGAUAUGAGGAGCGGAAGCAUCAUGGAGACACAGUAAUACUUUUAAUUCAGGCUCACUGCUGCUCCUACUGAACCAGAACCAGGAUGGGGCAAACCGACACCCCUCAGGAUCGCGGCUACUUGGUGGGAAUCAUUUUCUUCAUCCUGGGUCUGGGAACGCUGCUGCCAUGGAAUUUCUUCAUGACGGCAUCACUGUAUUUCCAGGACCGCCUGAACAACACCGAGUUCAUGAACGGCACCGCGGUACAUAAAGAGUACUACUUCAACAACUGGAUGACCUUACUGUCCCAGCUGCCUCUGCUGCUCUUCACCCUGCUCAACUCCUUCCUGUACCAGAGGAUUUCCGGGGCGGUACGAAUCACAGGCAGCCUCGUCGCCAUCCUGCUGUUCUUCAUCCUCACAGCGGUGCUGGUUAAAGUAGACCUGAAGGACACGGACUUGUUCUUCUCCGUCACCAUGGCGACCAUCUGGUUCAUCAACUGCUUCGUGGCCGUGCUGCAGGGUAGUCUGUUUGGUCUGGUGGGUCUGCUGCCUCAGAAGUACAGCUCCAUCUUCAUGAGUGGCCAGGGCCUCGCUGGGACGUUUGCUGCCAUCGCCAUGCUGAUCUCCAUAGCCAGUGACGUGGACCCUGAGUCUGCAGCUUUAGGUUACUUCAUCACACCGUGUGUGGGCACUCUCAUCACUCUCUUCAGCUACCUGCUGCUGCCUCGUCUGGAGUUUGCUGAUCAUCAUCUGAACCGAAGGAGCAACUACGAGGAAGGAACCACUGAUAAGCUGCUGAACGGCGGCGUUGUGGUGAACGGUAAGCUGAACGGUCAUGCUAACGGAACGGCGAUGAAAGCUGCGUCACGGGGCAGCAGUGAGGUGGAGGAGCAGCUGGAGCUGAGCUUAGAUGAACCCAAGCAAGUGGAGAAGAGUCAGGCCAAGGCCUCGGUCCUAGAGGUCUUUAAGAAGAUUUGGGUGAUGGCGUUCUGUGUAACGUUCAUCUUCACCGUCACGCUGUCCGUGUUUCCCGCCGUCACUGUGGAUGUCAAAACGAUAUUCCCUGGAAAAUGGGAGCGUUAUUUCAUCUCCGUCUGCUGUUUCCUGAUGUUCAACAUCGGCGACUGGGCGGGCCGGACUAUCACCACCGUCGUGCGCUGGCCUCGUAAGGAGUCGACUCUGUUCCCGGUGCUGGUGUUAGUCAGGCUGGUGUUCGUCCCCCUGCUGAUGUUCUGUAACGUCCGGAGUCGGGUCUACCUUCCCGUCUUCUUCGAACACGAUGCUGCAUUUGCCACCAUCAUGGCCGCCUUCUCUAUAAGCAGCGGUUACUUCGUGUGCCUGUCCAUGUCCUACGCGCCUCAGCUGGUGGAGCCUAAAGACGCGGAGACGGCCGGGGCCCUGAUGACCUUCUUCCUGUCUCUGGGUCUGUCCCUGGGAGCCGCGCUGUCCUUCCUACUCCGGGCUGCCAUCUGACCCGGCCAUGGGUCGGCACCAAGCAGCCCUCUGAUGAUGAUGUAUUUUUGUUUUACUGAAGCCCCUGUGAGCACGGGACUGGAGCCGUGAAAUGGUCCCAGUAUAAAAGGAACAUUUCACUUUAGGAGUGGAAACAAGGGAGACGCUGAAAAUGAGUUAUUUUAUUUUUAUAUCUUAGUUACUGUUUAGUUUUGUGUCCUAGUAUGGAAGGUUCACUUUUCUCUUAUGGGGCGAGAACGAGGGUUUGAUGUGUUUAAUAUUAAAGCGGUUACAUGAAAGGCACAAAAACAUGUCAGACGAGCGGAGGAGCACGGAUGGACCAGAACCUUUAGACAAGUUAGCGGAGGAGCACGGAUGGACCAGAACCUUUAGACAAGUUUAAGGUUCUCGUAUCCAAACUGAUCUCCACCCGUUGUACGUCUUAGUUUAGAGGCGGUUUCUGAGUGUUUUACCCAGAAUGCAUCAUUCUCCAUUUCUGCCUUUGGUCCGUUUUAUUUCCACACAUUUGCCUUAAAGCAGCUACUGCCACCUACUGGUGCAGGAGCGUCAUGAAGAGUAAAGCUACUUAUUAUGGUCUGUUUCUUUCCUUUCUUUGCUGGUGAGCUCAGGUUGAGCUGCACCAUGAACCUGUUCACCUGUAAAUAAAACCAUGCUUGGGCAGCUUGUUGUUGUAAACAGCCUUAAUCAAGAGUACACACAAACUGAGCAGUGGAAGCAGGCGUUUCCAUGGCAACAUGUUAUUCUGCUAGUCUGGAUCUGCUGUGAGCUACGCGUAAAGGGAGCACGUUCGGUGUUUGACCUAAUAAAUCUAUUCCAACA